UCAAUUCAAAAUCACAAAUUCCCAAAAUUUCUUCAAAUUUCUUCAAUGGCAUCCACAUCCUUCACCCUCCCCAGCAAGCAAUUCCCCCGCCGAUUCGCCGCGAUUCCGCCGCCGCAUUCUCCGAUCAACCUCCGGCGCUCGCUCCGCGUCUCCGCCGGCUACGCCACCGCCGAGAGAGCCAGGACGGCGUCGUGCUACGACGUGCUAGGGCUCGACGCCGGCGCGACUUUCCAGGAAAUCAAAUCCGCCUACCGGAGGCUGGCGCGGACUCUGCACCCCGACGUCCGCGGUGGCGGCGGCGAUGCGGCCGGCGAAUUCAUUCGAGUGCACGCGGCGUACGCCACGCUCUCCGAUCCGGAGAAGCGCGCGGUGUACGACAACACUCUGUCCUGGCGGCCGGCGGCUGCUUCCGCCGCGGCGGCGAUGCGGCGGGGGCGGUCGUGGGAGACUGAUCAGUGCUGGUAAUUGAAAAAUCUCCCGAUCUCGUGAUUGGAGAUCUGUACAUAUGGAUUUGAUUCGUGGUGGAUUAAUUUGUAGAUCCAUGAGUGAAAUCAACAAUCUAUGAUAAUGUAUCUUGGUAUGUUUGAGAUUGUAUUUUAUGAUUAUCCAUCUCAUCACCAACACACUUGACUAAUUUAAAAAUUACUGAAUACACUUUAUUUUUGCUUA